AUGGAUAUUUCAAGUGAUAAUUUUUCUGGGCAGAUUCCUGAAUUUAUGGGCAAGUUAAGUUUUCUCAAGAACCUCAAUGUUGCUAACAAUAAUUUCCAGGGUGAAUUGCCUAAAGAAGGGAUCUUUCUAAAUGCAAGUGGUCUCUCAAUUCCCGGAAAUGCCAAGAGGUACACCUGUAAGCUCACGUUCUCUUACAAAGAACUUGUUGAAUCAACUAACGGGUUCUCUAGAGAAAAUAUAAUUGGUUCAGGAAGUUUUGGUUCCGUAUACAAAGGAGUGCUCCCUAGUGAUGGAAUUGUAGUUGCAGUUAAGGUAUUAAACCUUCAACAACAAGGAGCUUCCAAUAGUUUCAUUCGUGAAUGUGAAGCUCUAAGAAGUGUAAGGCACCGUAAUCUUCUCAAGAUCAUAACUGCUUGUUCAAGCAUUGACAAUCAGGGCAAUGACUUCAAAAGUUUAGUAUUUGAGUACAGUGUAAAUGGAAGUCUAGAUGUGUGGCUGCAUCCAACAGAUGAUGAGCAGUCUCAGAGGAAGAGAUUGAGCCUUGUACAAAGACUCAAUAUAGCAAUUGAUAUUGGUUCAGCUUUAGAAUAUCUCCACCACCAUUGUGAAACGUCGAUUGUUCAUUGUGACCUAAAGCCAAGCAAUGUUCUUCUGGAUGAAGAUAUGGUGGCUCAUAUUGGUGACUUUGGUCUAGCAAGGUUCCUCUUGGAAGCUACUGAUAAUCUCUCUCAAAGUCAAACCAUGUCAGCUGGGCUAAAGGGUUCCAUUGGCUACAUUCCUCCAGAGUAUGGCAUGGGAGGCGAAGUAUCCAUUCUAGGAGAUGUUUAUAGCUUUGGAAUAUUGUUGCUAGAAAUGUUCACUGGAAAAAGACCUACAGAUGGAAUGCUUGGAGAUGGUUUAAGUAUUCACAAUUUCACAGCCAUGGCAAUUCCUGAUCAUGCCAUGGAUAUAGUAGACCCUUCAUUGCUGAUUGAAGGAGAAGAUGCAGAUGCUAAUGAUGACAGAUACGAAAAUGAGGUACAAGAAACCCUACUACAAAUCGUCAUGACCGCGGCCUAGUCCAAGGAGGAAAAUUGGAUGAAUGUUUGGUUUCAGUGAUGCAGAUAGGACUCGCGUGCUCUGCAAUAUCCACUGGAGAGCGGCUGCAUAUGGAUGUUGUUGUCAACAAAAUGAAGGCAAUUAGAGACUCAUUUAUGAAUUUACGAAGAUGAAGCUAGCAGUAUACAAUAUUGGGCUAAGUUUGUUUCCUUGGUCUCACUCUCGGCUCUUAUAAUGUUCAUGUACCAAUGUGUAUGACAAUAUGUAAAGUUGAUCUCAGCAUUGUAUAAUUAUAUUCAGAAUAAGGGAAAAUUGUUUUGUUCUGUUAACGAUUUCUCUGUUUUGUAUCGUAUUACUGCUAGAGUAGAGCCAGGUCGAGUA